AUGCGUCUGUUGCUAGUGCUGGCCCUGGUUUGUUCCGCUUACGGAAAAAAUGAAGAAUUAGAAGGGGACUCACUUUACAAAAUAAGGGUCCAGGAUGUAGACCAAGCGCAGACCUUGAAUGAGCUGGUCAACAUAUUCCACCUGGACGUGUGGUCUCACCCUCUACCAGAAAGGGAUGGGUAUAUCCUAGUUGACCAACAGGAUAAGCUGUUCUUCGAAAAUGAACUCAAUGCUGCGGGGAUAGAGUACGAAAUUGAGAUCAACAAUAUCAAAGAAUCUAUCGACCUGGAAGAGCAGCUACUGUCGAAAACUGUAGGAAGAAGUAACGUGUCAAGUUUCGGUGGUUUCUUCGAAGAAGUCCGUCGUUAUGAUGAAGUGGAUAGGUAUCUGGUGGACUUGGCGAACAGGUAUGAUCACGUGGAGGUGGUCUCCGGAGGCAGGAGCUUCGAGGGUCGUGACAUCAAGUACCUGAAGAUUUCCACCACCAAUUUCCAGGAUCAAUCAAAACCCGUGGUGAUGAUCGAAUCCCUGAUCCACGCCAGGGAGUGGAUCACCCUUCCUGUGACUCUGUACGCCAUACACAAGCUGGUGGAGGACAUCACCGACCAGGACCUCAUCAGGGACGUGGACUGGAUCAUCCUUCCUAUCGCUAACCCUGACGGAUAUGAAUACUCUCAUACCACGAAUAGAAUCUGGCGCAAGAACCGCGCUACUGACUAUGUGGGUUGCGAUGGCGUCGACCUGAACCGGAACUUCGACGCCAGCUGGGGAAUAGCCUCCGGCUGGUUCUCCUGCUUGGACACGUUCCACGGACGGAGCGCCUUCUCCGAGCCGGAGACGCAAAUCAUCAGGGACAUCCUCAGCGAACACAGACAUCGCCUUGGCCUAUUCCUGGACAUCCACAGCUUCGGAAGCUACAUCCUGUACGGCUAUGGCACUGGGCAGCUGCCUCCGAAUGGCCUGAUCAUCCACUUGGUCGGCGUCAGCAUGGCGAACGCCAUAGAUAGAGUCAAAUGGGAGGCCAACCGGAACUACCUAGUUGGUAACAUCGCAAGCGUGUUAUACCCGGCAACUGGUGGCGCGAGUGACUACGCCCAGAUCGUUGGCAACAGCUUAUCUUACACUUACGAGCUGCCAGCUUACAGGAAUCAGGUCAAUACCAUGCUGGGAUUCCUGGUCGAUCCUGAGUUCAUUGAGCAGGCAGGUUACGAGACUUGGGAAGGAAUCAAGGUCGCCGUACGCUACGUAGCCCAAAACUUCUAA